AUGUCUUCAGAUAUCCCCACCAAACCCGCCUUCAAGGCCCGUCUCCUCAAGCUCCUCCGCCUAUGCACUCGACCCGCCGUCAUGCUUCCCUCUCUGGGCAUCAUCGGUCUCAUACUCGUCAUCACACUGACUACGCUUUUACCGAAAACUGUCCACUCCAUCGAUAUCCCCGGCGCAGACACCAACCACAACUACCUCGUCGCCGUCUCCCACUUCCCUCUGACAGAUUCCACAAAAAAAGAUCCGUACCGCCCGGAUCAAGACCGCAGAAUCAUGGUCAGCUUGUACAUGCCUGUACCCAGGAAACAGUGUUCUGCGCUGAGCCAGCAGGAGUACAUGCCGCCGCAAACCGCGAAGAUAGCAAACGAGCAGUUUAUUGAAGGAAACGAGCGGGAAGUUGGUGUCUUCGAAACGAUGACGUAUUCGUCUUGCGUUGGUAGUAGCAGCGGCGGCGACGUCAGCAAAAUCCCCGUCGUAGUCCUAGAACCACACGUCGACACGAGCAGGUUGAUGUACUCAACAACCGCGCGCUACAUCGCGGCUAAUGGCGCUGCGGUCGUAGUCAUCGACCACCCCGGCGACGCGUCAAUCGUCGAGUUCACGUCGUCUCGAACCCGGGAUUUGGAAAUUGUGUAUAACAGUGGGACGGUGCCUUUGUGUAAUCUUUCGCCUAUUACGGAGUAUAAUGAAACAGUGAGAACGGCAGUCGCCGCGCGCGUAUCUGAUAUCGCGUUCGCCCUCGGCCAAAUAAACAGCACAUCCUUGCUAACCCGCCAAUUCCCUGCCCUCCACUUCACGGGCUCGCUCAACACAGAGUCUUUCGGUAUCAUAGGCCAUGGUCUGGGAGGCACAGUCGCAACGAGUAUCAGUCUCUUUCAUACCCUGCUCUCCGGUACAAACUCUACAAACUCUACAAACUCCCCCAGAGCAAGCUUCAGCAUCAACCUCUCCGGUACACCCCCCCUCCUCAACUCCUCCACGAACAACAGCCCCCUCUUCUUCUUCGGCCGCGCGGACUUUAGGCGUGAACACGACAUCAAUUGGCCCGUUACAUGGAGUCAUCUAACCGGUCCGGCGACGGAGUUUGAUCUCGAUAACUCUGCUAUCUUUGACGCCUCAGAUCUACCGUUGGUUGUGGAGUUGGCGCGGGAGGAGGGAGGGAAGACGGGGUUGGUCGGUCGGGGUUUGAGUGGGGGGAAUCCGGCAGAAGGGGCGAGAGCGGUGAUAUGUUUCUUGAAGAACAUUGUUAAGGAGAUGGUGGGGUUAGAGGGGCAGGGGAGGAAUGUUGGGGAUUGUAUUAGGAUGUUUGAGGGGGUUAGACCGUAUCCUGGGUAUGGGAGGGGGAGGGGGAGAUGA